CUAGCCUUUGCGUCUGCUAUAUUGUCCAUGUGAUUUUGAACUAGUUCUGAAUUUAAAUUGAUAUUUUUGAGAUGCCUUUCGAAUUCCUUCGUUGUUUCAUCACUUAGUUACGAAACAUUUUCUCGAAAGUCCUGAACUUACAAAUUAAAGUAUUACAUACUUUUAAAGAUCCAAACCAAGAUAAAGUUAAAGUUUGAUACAAUGACUUCGAAAACCAUUUUAGUAACAGGUGGUACUGGUCUUGUUGGAAAAGCUAUCGAAAAUGUUGUUAAAACCAACACCUUAACAGAUGAAAACUGGGUAUUUUUAUCUUCUAAAGAUGCCGAUCUAACUGAUACUCAGCAAACUGAAAUCUUAUUUGAAAAAUAUAAGCCAACACAUGUUAUUCACUUAGCUGCUAUGGUUGGAGGUUUGUUUAGAAAUCUAAAGUACAAUUUAGAUUUCCUGCGGAACAAUAUUCACAUAAAUGACAAUGUUUUGCAAUGCAGUUACAAGCAUGGUGUUCAGAAGGUUGUAUCAUGUCUAUCAACUUGCAUCUUUCCAGAUAAAACUACUUAUCCAAUUAAUGAGACUAUGAUUCAUAAUGGACCUCCUCAUGAAUCAAAUUUUGGAUAUUCAUAUGCUAAAAGACUAAUUGAUAUUCAGAAUCGUGCAUAUCAUGCACAGCAUGGCUGUAAUUUCACGUCAGUUAUUCCUACCAAUGUCUUUGGACCAUUUGAUAACUUUAAUUUGGAAGAUGGCCAUGUACUUCCUGGAUUGAUUCAUAAAACUUAUGAGGCUAAAAAAAAUGGAACUCCUCUUACCAUAUGGGGAUCUGGAAAACCGCUUCGACAAUUCAUAUAUUCCAAUGACUUAGCUAGACUUAUUGUUUGGGUAUUGAGAGAAUACAAUGAAAUUGAUCCCAUAAUUUUAUCAGUGGAUGAGGAACAAGAAGUUAGUAUAAAGGAUGCUGCACUAACUGUAGCAGAAGCCUUUGAUUUCAAAGGGGAAGUUAUUUUUGAUACUACAAAAUCAGAUGGACAAUAUAAGAAGACUGCCAGCAAUGAAAAGCUGAGAAAAUAUAAACCAGAUUUUGUUUUCACACCCUUCAAAGAAGCUGUUAAAGAGACUGUAGACUGGUUUGUCAGUAAUUAUGAAAUUGCUAGAAAAUGAAAUCAUGAACAGAUGAUGGAUUCCAAGAUCUGAGAAAGUUAUGCUGAUAUUUUUCUAAGCACUAUUAUUAAAAAGAAAAUCAAAAUAAAAUACUUUUUAAAUUUUUUUCAACAUAAUAAAUUUGUCAUAUCAA